AGUAGUAAAUUUGUUAGAGAUCAUCUUAGCUAUGUAAAAAAAUUGCGAUUGGCAGAAAAUCCUGACAGAUAUGCUAGAUAUAUUGCAAGAAAACUAGUUUCAGAUGAAAAAUCAUAUAAUACAAGAUUAGAAAAGAUUCAAGCAUGGUAUCGGGGGGAAUUGCGUACUAAACUAGAAGAAUUAUAUAGCCUUUAUUAUGAAAUAUCUCAGGAAGAAAAAUGUGAAAUAUCUAAAGAUAAUGCGAAAGGAAUUAUUCAAGAACUUCUUAACAUGUCACUUACAGAUGAUCAUCUAUCUUAA